GCACUGAAGAAGAGGCGCAGACAACAAUGGCCACAGACUCGGCCACAGAAGAUGGCGAAUUCAAGUUUAGACAAGUAACCAUCCUCAAGGAGACCCUGGGCAAUGGAGCAUAUGGUGUUGUCUAUAAAGCAAAAUGUGACGAGUUGAUAUGUGCUGCCAAGUACAUGCACCCAAUCUUCUUUGCACUGUCUGAAGACCCUGCAGUUAAUGUGGUGGCCACAGAUAAGUUUAAGAAAGAGUGUCAACUCUUGAGCCGUCUCAAGCAUCCAAACAUUGUUCAGUACCUGGGCACCCAUGAAGUAAACGGCAUAGAUACAGUGGUUCUAUUAAUGGAGCUAAUGGAUUCUAGCCUUCAUGCAUAUUUACAUGCACACGUUGAUUCUCCAUUGCCUUUCCACCAAGAGAUAAAUAUUUCUCUUGACGUUGCCCGAGCGCUUGACUAUCUUCACGUCAACAAUAUUCAUCAUCGUGACCUCUCAGCCAAGAACAUCCUCAUGCUUGGAGACUAUAGAGCUAAAGUCUCCGAUUUUGGUCAAUCCAAGCUACGUAAUCCAAAUGGUGGAUUCUCUAGCAAUUCCCCUUGCCCUGGUAACAUUCUUUACAUGCCUCCAGAGACUUUAAAAGUACCUCCCGAUUUCGCCCCCACGCUUGACGAAUUUUCAUUUGGCAUUGUUACCAUUCAAAUCAUGAGCCGGAAAGACCCUAAGCCAUCAGACCUACACCGAACAGGGUCUUUGAUUGGUACUUUAGUGGAGGUACCUGAGAUCGAGAGGCGAAGGGAUGAUAUUGACUCUUGUGAUCCUAGCAACCCAAUCCUUGGCUUAUCAAUCUCAUGCAUCAGUAACGACCCACAAGAGAGACCACCCAUUGAGAGGAUGUGCCAGUUGCUGUCUCUGCUAAAGAACACCUCUCAGUAUAAGAAAAGUGCAAUGGGACUUAGCAGCAGCAGUGAUGAGGGGAAGGAGAAUGUGCACCCGUUUGAAGAUUAUGGCGAAGUUUUGAUUGUUGAAUUGAAUGAAAAUGACACCCACUACUCAUCAAAGAUUGAUGAUUUGACACGCACCAUCAAAGACAAGGAGAAUCUCUUGAAAGACCAAUCAAACAUACUCGAGCUUCGUAACAAGCAGCUCCUCCAGAAGAGUAAUAUUAUUGACAAGUAUAAGCUUCAGUUGGAAGAGAAAGAGAGCGAGGAUGCCGAAGCAGACAAGAAAAAGAGUCAACUGGAAAUCUAUAACUUGGAGCUGGAGACAAAAGUAUCGGAACUGAAGGACCAGCUUAACCGUAAGGAAUCAGAAGUAAUCGAGAAAGAGAAGCAAUUGAUGGAGAAGGAGGAGCAGCUACGAAGGAAGGAAGAAGCCAUUGUUGCACAGCAAGUAAGCAGUGAUGAGCGAUACAGUAUUUGUGUGAGUGAGUUGGAGCAGCUUCGUGCCGAAUUGGAUCACCUUCAAGCGGAGCAGGCAGCAAAAACCCCAGACUCUCCUUUCUCACUGGAGCCUCCUUUUCUCUCCCAGCCCGUACCUUUUGAAGACAACAAGCAACCAAGAAUACCCAAAAAGCCAAAGCAACUGGACCUGAAGUGGCAGACUAGGAAGCAAAGCCCGGUAGCAUUCCAACCACAGAGCAGUAUGGCCGUCGCCUGCAUGGACAAGAUUUAUAUCACAUAUUGUAACUACAGCAGGAGCGAAGGAAAGAUAUAUGAGUAUAGCUUGAGCACUGACACAUGGACCCAACUACCAUUACUGAGGAAGAGUGAGUUCUCCCUUGCCGUUGUUAACAAUGAUUAUAUUGUUGCUGUGGGUGGGAGUGCUGCUCUUCGCAAGUCUGGGAGUAUUUUGAAGUACUUGAGUGCCAGUUCAAAGUGGGUGAAGGAGUUCCCUGAUAUGCCUACCCCUCGUUCCUUUCCCUCCUGUGUAACGGUCGGUAAUUAUCUUGUUGUGGCUGGUGGGGAGGUUAAUAGUGAACCUGUCCCAGUUGUUGAAAUACUCGACGUUACCAAGAUGACUUGGCACUUUGUUCUACCAUUUCCAACGAGAAAUAUUUCACGGAUGACAGUUUCGACUGAUGGGACUUUUGCUUAUUUUCUUGGUGGUUUCGAAGAAGGCUCUCUCUCCAAACUAGCAUAUGCCGUUAAUGUCAGUAGACUGAUUGCUGAGACAGAGAGAAGAGAAGGAAAGAAACUCUGGUUAGAGCUCUCUUCCCUUCCCGUCUCUGGUGCUACCUGUGCUUCGAUUAGGAAUCGCAUCCUAGCACUUGGUGGCUACGACACUAUGAAUAAGAGCUCAUCCGACCUGAUUUACGAGUUUGACCAGAUCGAAGGCUCCUGGAAGCCUACCGGCCAUCUUCCCCGACCUUUUACAAGAGGACUGGUUGCUGUAGCAACUUAUGAAAGUCGCAAGUUACUUGUCGUUAUUGGAGGUAACAUGACCAACAAUAUCAGUACAGCUACUAAUAUUGCAUAUCUUUAACAUUAUUAUGAAAAAUUGUAUUAAUACAAGUGUACAUUUUUGUACUAUGUACAUGUAUUGUCUAAUUCCUUCUCUGACACUCUCUUUAGUUUUGCCUUUAUCAUGUGUAUUAUAGUAUUUUUGUGAUAGUGUGAUGGAUUAACAACAUUCUCUAUUAUUUUCAUGUUAUCAGUGUAAAUUAGUCUGUUGAUGUGGCGUUUACUUAUUGAAUUUAAAUUAAAAAUAAUUAUUUUUUUAGAAUAA